AUAAACGGUGUGGACGUUCGGAGUCGGUCAGAGGCUAUCUCGCUCUUCUCUGGUCAAAACACGGACAUUUCCUUGACCGUCGCCAGACCCCAGCUACAGUGUGACGACGGUUUCCUGGAAGAGCCCAACAUGGUUCUGGAUGAUCUCCACAUGGAUCUGCUGGAGAAACAUCACCAGGACAACAUGCAGUUCAUGGCCUCUAUGCUGGCACGGGACACAUUCGACUCUGAGAGCCUCAUCACCCCACCCACUACCACUAGCAAGACUCGUCAUCCCAGUGUGCCAGAGGGCCACUACAUGAGCACUGACGUCACCAGUGAUGUCAUGUGCACCAAGUUCAGGGACAUGCUUGACCACAGAUGUGUGAGUGCUGGCAACUCCCCUCGUCGCGGAGAUGGUAGUCGGAAAGACUCGGAAAGUAGCCUGGAGCGAGAGCUGGCCAUACUCAACAGAGAGAUGGAAGAGAUACAGGUGGAAUGUCAGGACCUGGUGGACAACCACAUGCGAGAGCAGCAACGUCUGGCUGGCUUCAACGAAUCUGUCAUCCGUGGAGACACACAACGCAGUCCAAGAGUCGUACCGCGCAUGGGCACCCGCCUCGAGUUCACCAAACAUCCGGGUGAGACGUGGACUCAGAAAGAGGCCGGCAUGGGCAGGAAGUCAGGCGCUAGUCCCAGCCAGACCGGCCCCCCGUCCCCGGCCUCGGCUAACGGUGCUGUAAAUAUAAACAACAAUCUGAUGAACGUGCCGCCAGGGUACUCCACGGCUAUGAGCAUCGCCCCAACAGGAGGCGCCAAGAACAAUCUCCACAGCCCCAGUGGGCCACCGUCCGGCCUGUCUGCCGCCACUUCAACCUCUGUGUCCUCCUCAGUUUCGUCCACCAUGUCGUCCUCGUGCCGCGGAGGGCCGGCCAGCUCCGAGUUCACCUCACACACGAACACUAUCUCCAGCUCUAACGCCAGCUCAGGCCUGUGCGAGCGCGAGCGGGAGGCCUGGACCACCACAAGUGCCUACAACACAGGCGAGUCAUGCCGGAGCACGCCCUUGACCCUGGAGCUGACCCCUGGUGAGCACGAGUACGCCGAGCCAGGUCUGAGCGGGUCAAUGCUGUGCCUGGCGGCCACACCCUCCACCAAUAGCUCUGGUACCGCUAUCCUCACAAGCGACACGGAGAAGCAGACGCAGACGCCCACCAAGUCACGCGACUACUCGAGCGAGGACAGCGGGCACGUGCAGCACAACAAGGGUUCGAACUCUGCUCCCUCGCUGAAAGCCAUGAGCAUUGCGGAGAGCAUGAAGGCCGGCCUAGCCCACCCGGCACAGCUCGGCGAGUCGCUGCAAGACCUUUAUCUGCGCUGUGCUGACGUCAUGUACACCAACAGAGCCAACCUGGAGCACACUAUCGCUGUGCAACAGAAGCUUUUCCAACAGCAGCUGGAGCAGCAGUCACGCCUCCGCGGACACGCCCACUCCCCCGGACACUCCACGGGGAGUGGAAAUGACGUUACUGUCGGUGAGGUCGCUGCUAAAAAUAGUCCGGGCAACACAGCGCCGUCGGACAGUGGCCAGAUGGAGUGGGUGGUCAAGCGACGUCCGGACGGGACCAGGUACAUCACCCGCCGGCCUGUCAGGAGCAAAAUGCUGAAGGAGAGAGCGAAGAAGAUCAGCGAGGAGAGAUGUGGUAUGACAACUGAUGACGAUGCCAUGUCCGAGAUGAAGACUGGCCGUUACUGGUCAAAGGAGGACAGAAAACGUCACUUGGAGAAAGCAAAGGAUUAUAAGAAAAGGAAGGAAUUGUUCGUGAAAGCGAAAAUGGAGACGCUGAAGGAGACAGAAGAGAAGAAAGAGAUGAACAUUGUAGAAUUGAGUCACCGGAAGAUGAUGAAGCAUAAAGGGAAGAAGGUUUUUGAUAAUUUCACAACGGUGAAGGAGAUGCUAGCACAUGGGAACAAAGUCAGUGAUGGUAAAACGUACAAUCCUCUGCUGUCAGUGACCACAGUAUGAUGAACUGUCCAGAUUUCCCUUCACCGCCUUGACUCCAGCGGUCAGGCUGCUCAGACAGAAUCAAAGUCACAUUGUUAGUUUUUUGUAUAAUCCAGAGAAACAAUUGACUCUAUCUGUGUCUGAGUAAUGACAUUGACAACCUAUUUCUGUGGUGACAGGGGCCUGGUGCAUUAAAACAGAUUCUUUUCCAGUGUUCUUGAACUCUGAAAGUGAAUAAGAGAAAGUUACGAUAACAAAUAAUAAAUUCUCUUUUUGGUACUACAUUAAUGUUUUACCCGAGUCAAGAUUACUACAUGGAAGGAAGCUGCCCCUGAAGGAGCCUUUGGGCUGUGCUGAAAUGACAAACAGAUAAACAAAUGUGUUACCGUACUUGUGCUGUGUCCACUGAGUGGAGUGGUAAAAAUCCAGAAACCUUUGUCUUACUGCUUACGAUUUGUGGUUCUGAAACCCAGGUAUUGUGUUAAGUUGCCCUUUAUUAUUUUGACAGAGACCCUCGAAGUUUUCACGACGGGAAAGAAACUAUUCUGGUCUAAUGCCAUUGUUGGGUUCUUUUUUUCUGUGACAAUGGGAUUUUCAAUGCAUUGUAAACAAAGAUAUGCCCCCCGAGAACACUUUACAUUUGAAACAGUGCUGAGAACAGUGUGUCCAACGCCUUUCUGGGGCCUCUUGAGUGGCUUUGACACUUCAGACAUCCAAGUGAUGACGUCAUUCUUACCAAAGAAUGGCAGAGGGGAAUGAGUGUGCAAACAGACUGACUUUUGUUAUUUAUUUAUUUGUUUUGAUUGGGGUUUUUUCAGUUAUUUUUCUCCACCCUGUGUGAUGUAUAUUUGAGGGUAUGCAUGUGUGCGCGUGAGACAGAGGAAGAGAGGGAGAGAGAAGAAGAGGAGGGAGAGAUGGAGAGAGAGAGAGAAUGAUA